AUGCUGUGAGCUCAUGUUCGUCAGAUUGCAGUCACCAUGCUACCUGAAUGGUUAACGGAGGAGUAUAUCCAGAAGGCACUACAGCGCUUUCACGAGGACGAUCAGUUGCGAGUCCAGAAAGUCUGGGCCAAGCCAGCAACGGAGAAAGGGGAGAACUUUGUGGGCGUUAUGACCCGAAUCUAUGUGGACUUUGUGCAGGGAGAUGGUGCGGAGCUAAAGAACUCCUAUAUCUUGAAGCAAGCCGUUCCAUCGGAUGCUCCCCAGGCGAAUAUCUUCGCGGAGUAUGAUGUUUACAACAGGGAGCUGGAGAUGUACGACAUUGUCCUGCCUAAAAUGGCCAAGAUUCUUCAAGAGGCCGGCUUCAACGAAAAACUGAUGGCGGAGGCCAUAGUCGUUGAUCGGGAACGCACCAUCAUGAUCCUCGAGGAUCUGGCGCCCCUUCGAUACACGAAUGCGGACAGAGUAAAGCAACUGGACAUGGUUCACACCAAGCUGGUUUUGGACAUGCUGGCCAAGUUCCAUGCCGCAGCUAUUGUUCUGAACCAACGCGAGCCUGAUCUUCUGAGUCGGAACUACUCAUCGCACUUCUUCUCAAGAGGCAAAAAGGGUUACGGGGAGGUCUUCGUGGGUCUGUUUAGGGCAUUCAUCAGGUAUGUCAGGACCAAGCCGAGUCUGAAGAACCGCUACGCAGUCAAGUUGGAGCAAAUACUUACCAAUUUAAUGGAUUACGCCGCCCGCUCUGUGGACGUGGGAGAGAAGGACCUGCAGACAUUAGUUCACGGCGAUUGCUGGACCACAAAUGUGAUGUAUUUGUACGAUGAUGAGGGCAAUCCCACUACAGUCCUGCCCAUUGACUUCCAGUUCAGCACCGUAACAUCCCCGGUGGUCGAUUUGCAUUACUUCUUCAGUACUUCGCUAAAGAUCGAUGUAAAGGCGAAGGAGCUUGAGCUUGUGCAGUACCAUAUUACGCUUUGAAGAAGACCUUGGAUGCACUUUCUUACAAGGGGCUCUUUCCAAGCCUGUUUGAGUAUCAGCUCCAAUUCGAGAGACGUCGAUUCUUAAGUGUAAUUAUUGCAAACGUAUUCCAACCGAUCAUGGUAUAUACAGGCAGCGAGGACUGCGAGUUCAUAAAUCUCUAUCAGGACACUCCUGGGGGCAUUAAGUUCCAGGACUCGAUGUAUGAAAAUGAAGAGAUUCAGAGAAGAAUUGACACAAUAUUACCCGUUCUUGAUGCCAAGGGCUUAUUGGAUGCCCAUUAAAAUCGGACUGUUAGUUAUUUAGAAAUAGAAUAAAUGUGCUUGAGUGCUUAAA